AUGGGGAGCCUCAGGAACAUUAUGAAUGUCGAAGACGACCACGCCGAUCCUCACUCCAUAAGAAGGGACCGAAGGCCGACCUCGAGAAUCGCCAUCGAUCAAGAUCUCUCCGUCCCCAUGCCCAGAUAUAACAUCCCUGUGGAUCUGUCCGGCCAAACAUCUCUUCCUCACAUACUUCACCACCCCGCAGCACAACCCCUGGGAUAUAAUAACCAUCCUGGAGGCCGUCGACGCAGCAACACGAGCACUGACUCCAUGGACUCUUCCUAUGGGCAGGGUCAGAACCAUUCAUCAGCAUACUACACCGGAGCAAACAUGAGGCCCGUCAUGCCAGGAGGCUCUUCAGGGGAGCACCCUGUCAAGCUGACGCCCAUUACUGGAAGAGUCAGUCGAGCCAAGAAGGGGGUUCCUGUUCAUACGUGUGAUACCUGUCGACCACCAAAGACAUUCACAAGAGCAGAACACCUAAGACGACAUCAACUAGGCCAUCAGCCACCUGAGCUAUCUUGCACCGUCUCCGGCUGCAAGAAGGUAUUCCACCGCAAGGAUUUACUGGACCGACAUCUACAAAGACAUGGCGAGCAAGAAGGUAGACUGAAACGAGACUCAUCCCGGCGACGUCGAUCUGAUAGCAGCCCAGCUCGACCCUACAGCAGUUCACCACCGGCACCCUCGAUGCAAGCAGCCUCACCCUAUGUCGCCGCUGCCACAACGCCUGCCUCUAGCAUGGGAGUGCACCCUGGCCACUGGUCAUCAGUCAACAGAUCGACGCCUCAGGGAAGCGUAAUGCAGUCGCCGCACAUGCAGUCGCCGCACAUGCGAGAUACACAGAGCACAUACCAGAUGGCGGAUAUCGGCGUGGUAGACCCCAGUAUGGCUGUACAGAUGCCAGAUUCCAGAGUCGUCUCCGGCUACAGCGAAGCUCCUCCUGCUGGACUGAGCGCGUUGAACCCCCCCGUUCCCGAACUCUGUAUGCCUGAAACCACCUCUCCAAGCAUCACCUGGACGGAUAGCUCGGGCAUUCCAUCAACUGCUUCAGGCAGUGCUUACUCGACCCCUGCACCUGGCAGCUCCAAGUUUCAACAUUCAUCGGGUCGAGCUCACAACACCGAAUGGACAGCGCAAAUUCCAUCAUACACCACAUCCCCAAGCCCCGUCAUUGCCGAUGGCAGCUACGCCAUGUCUUUUCCCUACGCUACUACCCCUCCGCAAGUCUAUUCCUCAGUCUAUGGGGAUAGCAUAGGGACUCCCUUUCCUACCUACGAACAUGCCCCGAAUCUUUACAGCCCGCAUCAAAUGCUUGACAACUCGGUCCGCAGCAUAACUCCGCCCCAUAUGAUCGUGGGUCAGUCGAGUGAGACCAUGAUCGCGGCACCGUCUGCGCUGCCCGUAGACCGCAUGAUGUAUCCUCGCAAUGGCGGUCGCGAGCCUGUAGAUGCUCUGGGCCUUUAUACUCUGAUGCCCGCGCCUGCAAUUCUAAGCCAGCAAAUCCGAGACAUGAUCCCCACUUACAUCGAGGUGUACUGGGAUAAAGUGCAUUCCCAGCAUCCAAUAAUUCACAGACCAACUUUUGAAAACCCUACGAAUAUACCCGAAGAUCAACUCGAGAUACUAAAGUGCGCCAUGGCGGCUGUCGCCACCCAAUUCCUCGAGCAUGUAGAGCAUCGCGCCAAUGGACACCAGCUGCAUACCUAUGCAAUGGACAAGGCAAAGAUGCUAACAUUCAUAAUCCAGUACACCGACUCUGGAGCCCCAGAAUGGCCGGUUGUGCAAGCUACAAUUCUAGGCGAAUACUAUGCCGUCUUCCGAGGAAGAAAUAAAAAGGCAUAUCAGAAAUCGCCUCGCUUUGAGGCACUUUUCCAAAUGGUCAUCAACGCACAAACCACCUACCCAUCGAACAUGGAGUCGUGCGACACUUCCCAGCAAUGGAACAUUUGGGUCCAUGUGGAAUCGAGGAGGCGCCUGUUGGCUGCCUGUUUCCUACUCGACGUCCAUGCAUCGUCAUAUCUGGAACAGCCUCGUGCCGCAGUCAUUGGACUGGACUAUACAGACCCUGCGACUCUUCCGGUGCCGCUGUCAAUGGGCACGCUACAUCUAUGGGAUGCACAAAACUAUGAAGAAUGGAGUCGCAUGAGCCAAGCAGCUAUGCCAGAGACCAUUGGAGCGACGAGUCUUGAGCAUAUUUCUGCUGCUAACAUUGCAUCAAUUCCUGCAUUUGACGCAUCGCUGUUCUUGCUCGCAUUCGUUCUUCAGCUUCCCCAGCGACAAACUCUUACAAAGGUUGAUCUUUUGGACAAUGCCUCAAGUAUUAGCAUGAGUCACUUUAGAAUUAUGAAUCUGUUCCCAGAUUCACCAGUCGCAAUGUCACAUCUUGCCCUUCACUAUACACCGCUGCAUACCCUCUUGUCAGUCUCGGGCGACAGCUGGGUUUUCAACAAAAAGGUGCUCCAAGCCACCGAGUUCAUGGAGCACCAGAGAGAGCUCGAAAAAUGGCGAGACUCUGGCAGUGCCGCCGUCGCAACUGCCUUUGCCGCUCGAGCUCUCAACCUAUUCCUCGGAAUCUCGAGAUUCGCGAGCAAGGAUGGAAGCGUCUCCUCCGCCUCCUCCAUAUCUCCACGUUUCCAGCGCGCUCAGAAAAAGGAUAUUUCCGACUUUUGGGGCAUCUACGUCUGCGCCCUCAUCUGCUGGGCCUUUGGACACAUUGGCAUCAGCCGCACCGAGACAAAGGCGCCGACUCGGAAAGCCGCCAUACAGUGGCUCCUUGACGUGUCUAGCAUGGAGCCUGGCCAGAUUGAGGAAAUGACUGUGCGGUAUAAGCAGGUUGGCUCCGGCGCGGUGAACCUUGCGCGCGCGACGCUCGAGAAAGAGUGUCUGGGCGGGCGAAAUAUCCUGCUUGCUGAUGCUGUUGGUGUUUUGAAGAAGCUUGAAGAGGGUGAUAACUAUAGACGAUUUUAG